AUGUCUGCACACACCCUCGAAAUCUACGCAUCGGCGUCGACGUGGGGGAACCAACACAGAUGGCGUCAUCCUCGACCCUUCCCGAGCAUCGUCCCCGACAAGGGCGUCGUCGCAUGGCACAAGGCGCCCACCACUCCCGACCCGGGCGACGGCAUCAGCGACACCAUCGCAACCAUGCUCGCCUCGGCCGCCGCCGCCGCCGACGUGAAGCCCGAAGACGUCUCCAGCGUCGUCAUCGGCACGACCCAGUUCGUCAACGCCGUCGUGGAGCGGGACCCGCGCCGGCUAUCGCGCGUGGCCGUCCUACGGCUGUCGGGGCCGUUCGCCAAGCACGUACCGCCGUGCGUGGACUGGUCCGACGACCUACGCGACGUCGUGCUCGGCUACCACGCGCGGCUCCAGGGCGGACUCGAGGUGGACGGACAACUCAUCGCGCGGGUCGACGAAGCCGAAGUCCGGCGCCACUGCGCCGCCAUCCGCGCGCUCGGGAUCCGCGCCGUCGUCGUCAACGGCAUCUUCAGCCCCAUCGACACGGUCGAGAGGCAGGAAGAGGCCGUGGCCCGUGUCGUCCGCGCCGAGAUCCCCGGGAGCCGCGUGGUGUGCGCCAAGGACGUGGCGAGCCUCGGCUUCGUGGAGCGCGAGAACGCCGCGAUCCUCAACGCGUCGAUCCUGCGCUUCGCCGCCAAGACGAUCCGCUCCUUCCAAGCUCCCGUACGGGCCCUCGGCCUGCGGUGCCCGGUAUUCCUCACCCAAAACGACGGGAGCAUCCUCUCGGGCGAGGUCGCGGCCCGGUUCCCCAUCAAGACGUUCUCGAGCGGGCCGGCGAACAGUAUGCGGGGCGCCGCCUUCCUCGUGCAGGGGCAGGUGGGCGAGGAUGUCAUGGUGGUGGACGUGGGCGGUACCACGACCGAUGCAGGCCUCCUCCUGGCGAGUGGGUUUCCUCGGCAGCAGGCCGCCUACAGUGACCUGUCUGGGGUGCGCAUCAAUUUCCCGUGCCCGGACGUGAAAAGCAUCGGCCUGGGCGGAGGCUCGCUGGUUAGGAAAACCGACGAGGGCGGCGUCACGGUGGGGCCUGAUAGCGUGGGGUACGCCAUUGCUGAGCGGGCGGUGGUAUUUGGUGGCACGGAGCUCACGGCCACGGACUGCGCUGUUCUCGCCGAUCCUUCCUUGUCGAUCGGGGAUACCCAAUUCGUCGCUGGUGCGCUUUCUGUCGACGAAUUGGAGCGUUACCGGGAAGUCGUCAAGGCGAAGCUGGAGGGCCUAAUUGCGAGGAUGAAGACGUCGCCGGAUGACUUGCCAGUUGUUCUCGUAGGUGGUGGAGCGGUGCUAGCGCCCCAAGAGCUGGCGGGCGCGAGCCGGGUGGUCAAGCCCAAGUGGUCCGAGGUCGCCAACGCCAUCGGCGCGGCUACGGCCAGGGUGAGCGCGACCGUUGAUACGGUCAAGUCUACGGAAUCGAGGUCUGCGCGGGAGAUACUCGAGGAGGUCAAGGCGGAGGCUGUGCGGAAGUCGAUUGAGUUUGGUGCGCUGCCUGCGUCGGCAAAGGUGGCCGAGGUGGAAGAGGUACCGCUAUCGUAUGUCGCCAAUAAAUCCCGCUUCAUUGUGAGGGCAGCCGGCGAGUUUGACUUUACGCGAACUUCUGCACCCACAGAGGAUGUCGCCGUUGAUCUUACAGGAGAUGAGCCCGACGAACCUGCUUCGAAUCACGGUAACUUGCCUGGGCCACAAGCCUCCAACGCAAAGGCCACACGUCCCGAAAUCGACGUAACGAAUUACAAGCCAACGGUCAAGAAGGGGGUGUGGUACAUUAACGAGACAGACCUAAGUUUCAUCAGCAUCGGCUGCUACAUCCUGGGUACCGGCGGUGGCGGAUCUCCCUACUCGCAGAUGAUCCUGCUCCGGGAGAAGCUCCGCGCCGGCGCGAUCGUCCGCGUCGUCAGCCCCCGCAGCCUGCCCGAUGAUGCGCUAGUCGGGAGCGGUGGCGGAGCGGGCUCACCAACAGUAGGCAUCGAGAAGCUGUCAGGGGACGAAAUGGUGGAGUCGCAGCGGGAGCUAUACAAAUUGGUGGGGUCACCAGCAACGCACAUGAUCACAGUGGAGAUUGGGGGCGCCAACGGGCUGCAAAGCAUGAUCCUCGGGGCGAGCGACAGCAUGAACAUACCAGCGGUGGACGGUGACUGGAUGGGGCGGGCGUACCCGACCAAGUGGCAGACGACGCCCGUGGUGUUUAACGAGCGGUCGCCCAUCUGGGCGCCCAUCGCCAUGAGCGACGGCAACGGCAACGUCGUGUGCAUGACGAGCGCGGCGUCGGACGCCCACGUGGAGCGCGUCAUGCGGGCGGCGCUGAGCGAGAUGGGCUCGCAGGUCGGGUUCGCGGACCCGCCCGUUACCGGGGCCGAGGCGAAGCGGUGGGUGGUGGAGAAUACCAUUUCGCAGGUCCUCUGGAAGGGUAAGAUUGUGCGUGUGGAGAGGACGCUCAAGCUCGGUCACGUUUAUGGUGAGUGCGUGAUCGAGGGCAUGGAUAUUACGCAGCCGGACGCCGACUCGGGCGCCGCUGAGCGAGGUGCGGAGGGGGCCACCGCGGGCGAGUUCCGCGGGUUCGUCAAGAUUCCGUUCAAGAACGAGAACAUUGCCGCCAUCCGCAUGCCGUUUCCGCCGGGUGGUGCGAGUGGAGAUGGGGAUGCGCCUGCUAGCGGUGGUGUCGCGGAUCUAGGGGCCAAGGAGCGUCAAGAAGAUGUCCUGGCCAUUGUGCCGGACCUCGUCGCCGUCAUCGACGCGCAGAACGGGGAGGCACUUGGGACGCCCGAGUAUAGGUACGGGCAGCUGGUGGUGGUUCUGGGCAUCGCUGCGAGCGAUCGGUGGACGUCAACGGAGAGGGGCAUCAUGAUUGGCGGCCCGGAGGCGUUUGGGUUCGGCCACUUGAAAUACGUUCCCCUGGGGCAGUUCACGAAGCCCCAGAGCGUUAUUGAUGAGUUUAAUGAGGAAUAA